AUGUCUAUUGAUCCAGAUACUCGUCGUAAGCUACUCGCUUUACAGAAGAAUGGAGCCAACGGUUCUAACAAGAAAUGCUUUGACUGUGGGGCACCCAACCCGCAGUGGGCCUCGCCCAAGUUUGGGAUCUUUAUCUGCCUCGAGUGUGCUGGUGUACACCGUGGUUUGGGGGUCCAUAUUUCGUUUGUGAGAUCUAUCACUAUGGACCAGUUCAAACCUGAAGAAUUAUUAAGAAUGGAAAAGGGUGGGAACGAAAACUGUAAGUUGUACAUGGAAGAGCACGGGUUAGACACCAGCUUACCAAUCAAGGCCAAGUACAAUAACUACGUUGCUGAAGAUUACAAGGAGAAAUUGACCUGCGAUAUUGAAGGUAGGGAAUUUGUGGCCAAGGACCACACUGGCGAAGUCUUGCCCACUAAGGGUAACUUGGACCCACAAUCUGGUGCAAACAGUAAAAUAGGGGGAGGAGCCCAAGCUGGCCAAUCUCCAAUUCAGUCACGUCGUGGCACUCCACUUUCCAAUGACAAGGCGAAGAACGAAGCCUAUUUUGCUGAAUUGGGAACUAAGAAUGAAUCUAGACCAGACCACCUCCCACCCUCUCAAGGUGGUAAGUACGGAGGAUUUGGAAACACUCCGGCUGCAGCAGCAUCACAAUCCAGCAAUGGAAAGUCCUCAUUGUCUGGUUUCACCAUGGACAGUCUUCAAUCCGACCCCUUCGGAACCUUGAGCAAAGGAUGGGGUCUCUUCUCAAGCACUGUAGCCAAAUCUGUUAAUGAAGUGCACGAAUCAGUGAUCAAGCCAGGUAUUAACCAAAUUCAAGAGAGCGAGAUUUCUGCAGAAGCCAGAAGAGCCAUGGCCCAAUUUGGCCAAAAGAUGCAAGAGACUGGGAAAUAUGGACAAGAAACAUUCCAAACUUUCACCCACGAACAAGGUUUAGAUAAGAAGUUCACUGGAUUAUUCGAUGGUUUGAACGUAAAUAAUAAUGGUGCCAGUGGUGAUGAAGGACCAGCGCCAGCUUUUGGCUUGAGUAAGCCUAAGGAAAAGACCAAGUUACAAGGAUUAGGUUCAAACAAAAAACAAGACGACGACUGGAAGAAUGACAAGUGGGAUGACUUCUAG